GGAAGACGGAGGCCGCGCGGCUGCUGUUGAACCGGAAGAGGAGGAGGUGGGCCUGGAGGAGCUGCUGCCGGUAUUUGCGGGUCGCAGGGAGCCAGGCCUGGCGGGCUGGGUGUGUCGCGAUGCCAGAGCUGGCGGUGCAGAAGGUGGUGGUCCAUCCCCUGGUGCUGCUCAGUGUGGUGGAUCAUUUCAACCGAAUCGGCAAGGUCGGAAAUCAGAAGCGUGUUGUUGGUGUGCUUUUGGGGUCAUGGCAAAAGAAAGUACUUGAUGUAUCCAAUAGUUUUGCAGUACCUUUUGAUGAAGAUGACAAAGAUGAUUCUGUCUGGUUUUUAGACCAUGAUUAUUUGGAAAACAUGUAUGGAAUGUUUAAGAAAGUCAAUGCCAGAGAAAGAAUAGUUGGGUGGUACCACACAGGCCCUAAACUACACAAGAAUGACAUCGCCAUCAAUGAACUCAUGAAAAGAUACUGUCCCAACUCAGUACUGGUCAUUAUCGAUGUGAAGCCGAAGGACCUGGGGCUGCCCACAGAAGCAUAUAUUUCAGUGGAAGAAGUUCAUGAUGAUGGAACUCCAACCUCAAAAACAUUCGAGCACGUGACCAGUGAAAUUGGAGCAGAGGAAGCUGAGGAAGUUGGAGUCGAACACUUGUUACGAGACAUCAAAGACACUACAGUGGGCACUCUUUCCCAGCGGAUCACAAACCAAGUGCAUGGUUUGAAGGGACUGAACUCCAAGCUUCUGGACAUCAGGAGCUACCUGGAUAAAGUAGCCACAGGCAAGCUGCCCAUCAACCACCAGAUCAUCUACCAGCUGCAGGACGUCUUCAACCUGCUGCCAGACGUCAGCCUGCAGGAGUUCGUCAAGGCCUUUUACCUGAAGACCAACGACCAGAUGGUGGUGGUGUACUUGGCCUCGCUGAUCCGUUCCGUGGUUGCCCUGCACAACCUCAUCAACAACAAGAUCGCCAACCGGGAUGCUGAGAAGAAAGAAGGGCAGGAAAAGGAAGAGAGCAAAAAGGAUAGAAAAGAUGACAAAGAGAAAGAUAAAGAUAAGGAAAAGAGUGACGUGAAGAAAGAAGAGAAAAAGGAGAAAAAGUAAAACAUGUAGCUUUUUUUAAUUUGUAAAUUAAAAUCUUAUGAACUAAAUCAGUGUGCUGCUAGAGGGUUCUUUUUCACUUUAAGUGCUUGUUACAAAGCUGUCCUGAUGAGAGCUCUCUGCCUUCAGUCACCCUUGCUGUGGCAUUACACAGAAGUGAAUGGAUAGAGGGACUGAUCUCGAACCUGAACUGCAGCUUCAGCUGCUGGGAGUUGGGGAUGUGCUAGCUCAGGCUCCAGAUGGUGUGAGAAAAAUGAAGAGAAGUCGACAUAACAUUUUUGGUACUCUUCAUUCUUUUAUCUGUAAAACCAGGAGUUGAAUUUUCCCCAUCCUGAAAGACUCUUGGGAUCUGGUUCUGGUAAUUAACAAAAUUGCUAAAUGGAAUGCAUGAAUUCCAUACGUUCUCUGCCUCGUAACAGCUUGAGGUCUGACCCUUCUGAACUCCGUUGAGAAUACCAUACUGCGUUUGGACCCGUAGCUCUGGCAUUCUCAGGGCUGGGGAUCCAGCUCCAUAUAUUGUUUACCUUCAAAGACACAAUUAAAUGGCUUGGUUUUUA